ACACGCUCCUAAUAAAAAAGACCCUCCAAUACUUAUUUUGAAGAAGACAGACAAGAGUGUCCGCCUCAGUUUGACAACAGCGGGAUAUCUGUGUUUCAGUUCAGCCGGACAGGGCUAUGUAGCCCGAAUCACCUUAAAAGAAACAGGCGAGUAGGCGAUGCCUCCAUCCCUGACACAGGUCUGGAAGUUGGACGCGCUGCGUGCGUCAUGUGCUCUGGCUGCAGAACUGAGCAGACUCCCAUUCUAGUUCACACAAGCUGAGAGACACCGCGAGGAGCGAUUUAUUUCAUUUAUAGACAGACUCGGGCCCGAAUCCCAGGGAAACAGUCAGUCCCCUCCCUUUCAUCCUGUCACCAUCCAUUCACCGAUCCAUCGAUCCAUCCUGUCCGUUCGUCCCUCUCUCCCUCCCCUUGGGGGCUGCCGGACGAGCAGAGAAGAGAAGAGGCCGUGAGGAACGGACUACUCCAAUGAGAGAGAGAGAGCGAGAGAGCGAGAGGUACGAAGGACGCUCUGCCAGGACAUUUGAGCUCAUCGGUGCGGACGAAGGUAGACUUUUUUCUUUAAAGGCGGGAAUGGUGAUGGACUUUCGUACUGCUACACCUAGAAUGGCCAAACCAAGAUCAUGAGAGGGUGUAAAGCGGCGGAGAAGCGACCGUCUUACCCUUGUCUUUGACGCCGUCGCUCGCGUGUCCCUUGCUCGGCUUCUGGAUGGCCACGCAGGUGAGGGAUAGAAGAUGAUGGGUGCUGAUGAAAUCGUUUGAGAAAAUUAUUCCACCUAAGACAGCAUUAACACCGAUGAUUCACGGAAAAACGGUAUUUGUUCUGUCUCAUUGCUGCCUUCUGAAAUUUCACAUUCUGAAAUAAGGCUCGUGAAUAGCAAAUGUCACAUUUUUCCGGUCCAAAGGUUUGUGGAGUGUACUGGUAAAACAACUGUAAGGUGGCUGGAGCCACGUUAUUACCACACACUGUACCAAACAUUGCGGAUGUUUCAGAAAUAAAUAAAUAAUAGUAGCUUUUCCAUUUCAAUGCCUUUAAGUCUGUGGAAACGCGACUGUUUCCAAAAUGCCGACCUGAACGCCAGUGACUGUCGUGGAUAGCUAUAAGCUGUUUUAUUAUUUAUUUAUUUAUUUUUAUUUUAACAAUCUUAUUUAUCGAGGCCUGUGUUAUACUCGGGCGUUAACGUUGUCAGAGCAAAGACAUGAAACGUCCAGCAAGGUGCAGGAAGCUCGGGUGCGCUCUGAGGCAGGCUUGUACCGUAGGCAACAUGAAACAUUCAUGUUAACUCGCUACAGUCUCACCAUGAUUUCAUGUUGGGAGCGAACCCUGCUUUAUAUGGACAUAAGAGUGGACAAAGACUGAGAAACCCCACAGCACUACCCUACAGUGCAACCAGUCAGCCAACCGACCACACAUUUAAUUUCCUCACACCCACAAUUGGCCGUUGGCAGAGACGCACAGAAAAGGAGACAGUACAUGGGCGUCCUCGUCUGCUAAAACCAAGCGCUGCAAAACUGCUCGCCGGGUGCAGGUGUUCAGCAUAAGCUUACAAGACAACCCGUUGUGCAUAUGAGACGUUCUGAUCCAGAUGGGAUGUAAUGUUGUGUGGUUGCACAGCUGAGCAUUGGUCUCCUUCUCCGCUGCUUCGUGAAGAUUGGCUUUUGGUGUCCAGAGAAUGGCGCGGUUCGGAGACGAGGUACCAGCCAGGUAUGGCGGAGGACCUGGCGGAGGAGGCCCGGGAGGCCGGGGUGGUAGCAGGCAAGGAGGACCCCAUGGACACGGCCACGGACACGGUCAUGGGCAUGGUCACGGGCAUGGCCACGGCCCACCUGGAGGGCCCGGGGCCCAGAGAAUGUACAAGCAGUCUAUGGCGCAGAGAGCCCGGACAAUGGCACUGUAUAACCCCAUCCCCGUACGCCAGAACUGCUUCACUGUCAACCGUUCGCUGUUCAUUUUCAGCGAGGACAACUUCGUGAGAAAAUACGCCAAAAAGAUCACCGAAUGGCCUCCAUUUGAGUGGAUGAUUCUAGCCACCAUCAUUGCCAACUGCAUUGUCUUGGCUCUGGAACAACAUUUGCCUGAUGGGGACAAGACGCCGCUCUCAGAACGCCUGGAUGAUACAGAGCCGUAUUUCAUAGGAAUCUUCUGUUUUGAGUCGGGAAUAAAGAUCCUGGCGCUUGGUUUUGCCUUCCACAAGAACUCUUACCUGAGAAACGGAUGGAACGUGAUGGACUUUGUCGUAGUGCUCACAGGAAUUCUAUCCACUGUGGGCUCACAAUUCGACUUGCGGACACUCAGGGCUGUGCGAGUAUUGAGGCCUCUCAAACUGGUGUCUGGUAUUCCCAGCUUACAGGUGGUGCUCAAAUCCAUCAUGAAGGCCAUGAUUCCUCUGCUGCAAAUUGGCCUGCUGCUCUUUUUUGCCAUCCUCAUGUUCGCCAUCAUCGGCCUCGAGUUCUACAUGGGCAAAUUCCACAAAACCUGCUUCGACAACAUAACAAAAGAGAUCCGGGAAGAGUUUCCAUGUGGGGUAGAGCUUCCAUCUCGGCUGUGUCCAGAGGACACCGUUUGUAGAGAGUACUGGCUGGGACCAAACUACGGCAUCACCCAGUUUGACAACAUUCUGUUUGCUAUUCUCACCGUUUUCCAGUGUAUCACCAUGGAGGGCUGGACUGACCUGCUCUACUAUAGCAACGAUGCCUCAGGGAGUGCAUGGAACUGGAUGUACUUCAUCCCCCUCAUCAUCAUCGGCUCUUUCUUUAUGCUCAACCUGGUGCUGGGUGUGUUGUCGGGCGAGUUCGCCAAAGAGAGAGAGCGUGUGGAGAACAGGAGUGAAUUUCUGAAGCUCCGAAGACAGCAGCAGAUUGAAAGGGAACUUAACGGUUACCUGGAGUGGAUCUGUAAAGCUGAAGAGGUCAUCUUGGCGGAUGAUGAGAAUGAAAAUGAAUAUGAUGGUUCUCGUAGGAGAGCCACAAAGAACCACAAAAGCAAAGCUGAGCUUCUAAAUUCAGAGGAAGGGGAGGGAGACCUGGGAGUAGGUUCACCGUUUGCUCGUGCCAGCUUGAAGAGCUCCAAGCUGGAGGGAUCGACUUUCAAGCGGCGGGAGCGGCGGUUUCGCUUCUUUAUCCGUCAUGUUGUUAAGUCCCAGGGCUUCUACUGGACCGUGCUGUGUUUGGUGGGCCUCAACACGCUGUGUGUGGCUGUUGUGCACUACGACCAGCCUGAACCACUUUCAGAUUUUCUAUAUUUUGCCGAAUUCAUCUUCCUGGGAAUAUUCUUGACAGAGAUGUUUGUAAAACUGUACGGCCUGGGCAGACAGGCCUACCUCAACUCCUCCUUCAACUGCUUCGACUGCAUUGUGAUAUGUGGUAGCAUAUUUGAAGUCCUUUGGUCCAUCAUCCAACCGGGCACAUCGUUUGGCAUCAGUGUGCUACGAGCUCUCAGGUUAUUGAGGAUCUUCAAAGUCACCAAGUACUGGGCGUCUUUGCGUAACCUCGUCGUGUCUCUGCUCAAUUCCAUGAAGUCCAUCAUCAGCUUGCUCUUCCUGCUCUUCCUCUUCAUAGUCGUCUUUGCGCUGCUGGGCAUGCAGCUCUUCGGAGGACAGUUUAAUUUUGAAAGUGGCACCCCUCCAACCAACUUCGAUACAUUUCCCGCAGCAAUAAUGACGGUGUUCCAGAUCCUGACCGGCGAGGACUGGAAUAUGGUGAUGUAUGAUGGCAUCAAAUCUCAGGGUGGAGUCAACAAGGGCAUGGCCUUCUCCGUCUUCUUCAUUGUACUCACGCUUUUUGGCAACUACACUCUGCUGAAUGUGUUCUUGGCCAUCGCUGUGGACAAUCUGGCCAAUGCACAGGAACUGACCAAGGAUGAACAGGAAGAAGAGGAAGCUGCCAAUCAGAAGAUUGCCCUGCAGAAAGCCAAGGAAGUGGCUGAAGUUAGCCCACUAUCUGCUGCAAACCUCUCCAUUGCAGCCAACAAAGUACACAGUGAGUGUCACAACGCUUCUGACCCCUUUCUGGACUGCAAGGAGCAGCAGAAGAACCACAUUAAGGGAGUCAGCAAGUCAGUGUGGGAGCAGCGCACCAAGGAGCUGAGGAAGCAGACUCUGGCAUCCAGCCGCGAGGCCCUCUAUAACGAAUUGGACGCAGAUGACCGCUGGAAGGCAAGGACAGGGAGGGAGGAGCACAACAAUGUCAACUAUUCACGUCACAUCCGUCCAGACAUGAAGACCCAUCUUGAUCGACCCUUAGUGGUGGACCCCCAUGAAAAUCGUAAUAACAACACAAACAAGACAACUGGCAACAACUCAGACUUCUGUGUCAGCCAGCACCAUCCUGAGCACCAUGGCCAAGUGGGAGGGGAUGGUGGAGGAGGUUCAGGUCCACCCAGACCCCCCAUGGAGCGGGGAGAAUCCACGGAGAGUAGACGGAGCCGCAAAAGUGAGCAUCACCACAGCUCUCAUGUCCGUCUGGAUGCUACAGUGAUUCCUGGGCCGGGUUCAGAGGAGAGGGUACCCAGGCGCCAUCACCACACGCGGACUGGGAGUCGAGGAGGAGGGCAGUCCGAACACAGGAAGCCAAGGUCACAUCGAAAGAAUGCUGAAGAUGGUGAGGAAGGUGGGGGAGGAGCUGGAAAAUCUGGAAGACAUAAGAGCAAAGGAGUGGAUGGGAGUAGGGAAGGAGGAGAGCAUGAGCGAGCAGGCAAUGGCGGUGAGAAGAGGUCAAGAAGAAGCCGGCGUGGAAGCCAAACAGAGGGCGAGGGGAAGCGUAUGUGCUCACACAGAAGGAAGGACUGCAGUGUCCCAAACCUUUCUACCACACGGCCCAUCCAAAAGAGUCUCUCAAGGCAGAAUAGCCAGUACAGUGAGGACAUGGACAACCUCAUGAACACCAAACUGGUGUCUGGUUCUACACCACCUAGCGAGGGUCGCCCCUAUCCAGUGGCCAGUCACACUGUCACCCCUGGAUUUGGAUCUGCCCUUCAUCUUGCUAACAGUGGCACUCGUGGAAGUUUGGUCACGUUGGAUAGUUAUGGGAAUGUCGGACAUCACCGUGCAAACAGUGUGAUCAGGCUGCCCCACCCUGAUUAUACUGCUGUGGACAUGCCCAUUUUUCCAUCCACCAAUGCCAUACUGCAAGUUAAUAAAAAUGCCAACACUGAACCUCUGCCAAAUCCUACAAAUGAUGAUGAGGAAGGAGGGGAAGGAGGGCCUAGGCCCAUGCCUCCAUAUAGCUCCAUGUUCAUCUUCUCGACCACCAAUCCGUUUCGACGAGCAUGCCAUUACAUUUGCACCCUGCGUUAUUUUGAGAUGUGCAUCCUGCUGGUCAUUGCAAUGAGCAGUAUUGCCCUGGCAGCUGAAGACCCUGUUUGGCCCAAUUCCCCUCGAAACGAUGUUCUGCGCUAUUUUGACUACGUCUUUACAGGAGUUUUUACUUUUGAGAUGUUAGUAAAGAUGGUGGAUCUGGGGUUGGUCUUGCACCAGGGCUCUUAUUUCCGGGACUUGUGGAACAUCCUUGACUUUAUAGUGGUUAGUGGUGCUCUGGUGGCCUACGCCUACGCCUUAGCCAGCGGCAGCGGGGGGAACAGCAAGGGAAAAGACAUCAGCACCAUCAAGUCGCUGAGGGUACUGAGAGUGCUACGACCUCUAAAGACUAUUAAACGACUUCCCAAACUCAAGGCUGUGUUUGACUGUGUGGUGAACUCUCUGAAGAAUGUGCUCAACAUCCUGAUCGUCUAUUUACUCUUCAUGUUCAUCUUUGCUGUGGUUGCUGUGCAGCUCUUCAAGGGGCGUUUUUUUUACUGCACUGAUGAAUCCAAAGAAUUUGAGCGCGACUGCAGAGGCGAGUAUCUGGUGUACGAACGUGAUAACGAAGUGAGGGCGCAGAAGCGGGAGUGGAAGAAGUACGAUUUCCACUACGACAAUGUGGCUUGGGCCCUUCUCACCCUCUUCACUGUCUCUACUGGAGAGGGGUGGCCGCAGGUGCUGAAACACUCGGUCGAUGCGACUUACGAGAAUCAGGGCCCAAGUCCAGGAUACAGGAUGGAGAUGUCCAUCUUUUACGUGGUGUACUUCGUGGUCUUCCCCUUCUUCUUCGUCAACAUCUUCGUAGCUCUCAUUAUCAUCACCUUCCAGGAACAAGGCGACAAGAUGAUGGAAGAUUACAGUUUAGAAAAGAAUGAGAGAGCCUGUAUAGACUUUGCCAUCAACGCCAAGCCUCUGACACGCCACAUGCCACAAAACAAGCUAAGCUUUCAGUACCGUAUGUGGGAGUUUGUGGUGUCACCGCCAUUUGAGUAUACCAUCAUGGCGAUGAUCGCGCUCAACACAAUCGUGCUGAUGAUGAAGUAUUACGGAGCCUCCGACACCUAUGAAGCUGUGUUAGCCAACCUGAACAUAGUGUUUACUUCCCUCUUCUCCAUGGAGUGUGUACUCAAGAUCAUCGCCUUUGGAGCACUGAAUUAUUUCAAAGAUGCCUGGAAUAUUUUUGACUGUGUGACAGUUCUGGGCAGCAUUACAGACAUCCUCGUUACUGAGCUUGGGAUGAAUAAUUUCAUCAACCUAAGUUUUCUAAGGCUGUUCAGAGCAGCUCGUCUCAUCAAACUGCUGAGACAGGGAGAAACCAUCCGAAUCUUGCUCUGGACCUUCGUUCAGUCUUUCAAGGCACUGCCUUAUGUUUGCCUCCUCAUUGCCAUGCUGUUUUUCAUCUACGCCAUCAUUGGGAUGCAGCUGUUUGGGAAUAUUGCAAUUGAAGAAGUUGGAGACAGUGCCAUCAACCAACAUAACAACUUCAGGACCUUUGUAGAGGCUCUUAUGCUUCUCUUUAGGAGUGCAACGGGUGAGGCAUGGCACGAGAUCAUGUUGGCGUGUCUUGGGGGUAAGGACUGUGACCUCAAGUCAGGGAAUGUAGAUCCAGAUUGUGGCAGCCAGUUUGCCUACCUCUACUUUGUGUCGUUCAUCUUCUUCUGUUCAUUCUUGAUGCUGAAUCUGUUUGUAGCUGUUAUCAUGGACAACUUUGAGUACCUGACUAGAGAUUCAUCCAUACUAGGACCUCACCAUUUGGAUGAGUAUGUCAGGAUAUGGGCGGAGUAUGACCCUGCUGCCUGUGGCAGGAUCAGUUGCAGGGAAAUGUAUGACAUGCUGAGGCACAUGAGUCCUCCACUAGGCCUCGGGAAGAGGUGUCCAGCUCGGGUGGCCUACAAGAGAUUGCUCCGUAUGGAUCUGCCCGUGGCUGAUGACAACACGGUCCACUUCAACUCCACUCUCAUGGCCUUGAUCCGCACAGCGCUGGACAUAAAGAUUGCCAAGGGUGGUAUCGACAAACACCAGAUGGAUGCAGAGCUAAGGAAAGAGAUGAUGGCAAUCUGGCCCAACCUCUCCCAGAAGCAUCUGGAUUUGCUGGUGACACCACACAAGUCGACCGACCUGACAGUGGGGAAAAUCUAUGCCGCCAUGAUGAUCAUGGAGUACUACCGGCAGAGCAAGAUCAAACGUUCCCAGGCUCUUCGUGAUGAGCAGAAUCGAACGCCAUUACUAUUUCAGCGCGUGGAGCCACCUACCCCCUCCCAGGAUGGGGGUCCGGGACUUAACAAUGCCCUGCCUCCUCCUGAGAUGACAGACACCACCAACAGCCUGCCGGUGGAGGGAGGUGUCCCGGAAAGCCAGUCGUGGGUGACGGCUCGCGCUCAGGAAAUGUCUCAGAAGGUUGGCAGCUGGAGCCCUGAGGGACACCCUGUGGAUGGCCUGGGAAGCAUGACCAACUCUCAGACGGUAGAGAUGAGAGAGAUGGGGCAGGAUGGUUACUCGGAUACUGAGCACUUUCCACCAAUGGAAGGCCACGGCAGGGCCGCUUCCAUGCCCCGCCUCCCAGGCGACAACCAACAGCGGAGGAAAGGGAAGCAACGUGGCAGUAACCUCAGUACCAUCAAUGACAGCAGUCCAAUGAAACGCUCCGCCUCCUCCCUGGGCCACAGCAGGUCUGGGCGUGGUCACAGAGACAAAGGAGGGGCAGACGACUACAACAUGGAGCAUGCAAUCCCAGAAGAGGGAAGAAGUUCCAGACACGGACACCGGCGAAAAGACCGGAGCCAUCGGGCAUCUGAGAGGUCCCUCUGUCGCUACACUGAGGCUGACACUGGCCUGGGCACAGACCUAAGCACAACCACUCAGUCUGGCGACCUCACGUCAAAAGACAAGGAUCGAGACAGGGAUCGCGGCCGUUCCAAAGACCGUAAGCACCACCACCAUCAUCACCAUCACCACGGCUCUGUGGACAAGGAGCGCUAUGUAGCAGAACGAGGGGGCGAGUACGUCCACAGGCACUCUCGCGACCGUGACCGGGAGCGAGAAAGGGACCGGCGCUGGUCGCGAUCUCCCAGCGAGGGUCGCGAUUGCGUGACACACAGACAGGGCAGUAGUUCAGUCAGCGGAAGCCCUGUCCCCUCAACCUCGGGGACCAGUACACCGCGGCGGGGCCGUCGGCAGUUGCCUCAGACCCCGGCAACACCCCGGCCCCAUGUUACUUACUCCCCUGUAGUCCGUAAGGCUAUGCCCACCCCUCCUGGGGUGGCACAAGGCAGACCCUCAGCCCCAGCUCCUGCCCCUCGCCGCUUUUCUCCAGAGCCUUCCCAAGGCCAGGGUCCUCCCCCUGCUGGCCUUCAGCUGGGCCACCAUGGCACACCACGUCAUCAGCCCCCACUGCGCUGGGGAGACACAGGUGGAGGAGGGGGCUCCAUAGAAGGGGAUGGAUGUUUCUACAACCAGGACUACCAGGACUACGAGCCCCAUCAUGAACCACCUGCCUACGAGCCAAACCCCGUGCAGGGGGGCAACCCGCACCCUCAUGCCAACCACCCACUGCCACCUCCCUCACAACCACAGCAGCAUAACCCCCAUCCCCUACCUCCCCCACAGCCACACCCAGUCAACAACCCCCAUCCUCAGCCCAGCCGAACCUCGCCUAGAACUGUUCAUCACGCGCCUCCGCCAACAACGGCUCUGACAGGGCCUGUGCAGGGCCAAGUUCAGUCUGCCGCCCAGCGCCGGCUACCCAACGGCUACCGUUCUUCAUCACCUUCCACACAUGUCCACGGACCCCCACACACUGGUCCCCACAAGGUCCCUCCUCCGGCUGGGCAUCCAAGGGGUCCUCGCAAAGGCUUGCAUGAACCCUACAGUGAAACGGAGGAUGACGAUUGGUGCUAGCCUCUGGGGAAGGGGGUGGGACUUAACAAGGAAAAAAAAAUUGAAAUACCGAAAGAAGAUGAGCCAGAGCACUGACUGCCAAGGGAAAAAAAUAUAAACGUUUCUUUCUUGUCUGUUCGAUUUGUUUUUCCCUCUCCUCCACUGCUGUCUAAGUGACGGUGAGCUACAUGAAACAACCGGUGUCAUGGGAUGGAACAAGAAUGCAGAGACAGAAUCUGGAAAUCCAAAAGCGAUACGUGGAGGUAACGAAACACCUCCGCGUUCUGCUCGCGUCUUGUCGAUCAUUUCUUUUGAUGCCAAAUGAGACCAAACUGGAGGAGCGUCAGACACUAGUCUUUGUGUCUUAAAUUAUGCCUCUGGCCAUGAGCUAUAGCCACUUACAAGAUGUCAAGAGUUGCGACUCGACAAAAGACACUUUACAGUCAGAGACAAAAAUGAGCGACCUCUUUUUUUGUUGUUGUUGUCGUUUGUUUGUUUUCUUUGCUUCUCUGAGCUAACUUCUCUUAAGUUAGCUGCAAAAAGAUUUCAGACCAACCCUCCCAGCCACCAGUUGAAUAUUGAUGAGUUUUAUCAUCUGUGUUUUUAAAUACAAAUAAACCUGACACAGAGCCCUCCACCUGUAAGAGGUGAGGGAGGCUAAGUGGGUGGGAGAGUUGGGGAGUGUUGCACGGGGGUCGACGAGUCCCUCCGUGGACAUCUGGAGGAGAGGAUGGGUGCAUCUGGAGAGAUUGCACUCCUCCCAGAAACAAUUUAACCAACCUCAACCUAUGACCUAUGAGAGGGAAAAAAAUAGUGGAGGAUGGGUUUCAGAAACAGAGAAACAAACUGUUUUCUGCAGUAUUUCUUCUACUCCUGGAGCUGCUUCUUCUUCCUCCUUCUCUUCUACUUCUUCAAAACAUUGAAGCUUGAAUCUUCUGUUGCACCCCCACACAGCUUCGUUUUUUGUAGACUUGCAGAGUUGUACACUCUAUGGAAUCCUGCAUGAAUGAUACAAAAGAAUACUAAUAAUAGCAACACUGAGAAUCUACUGUUUGCAGAGGGAAAAUGUUCUUCAGUCCUGUUUUUUUGUUAUGGUCUGCAGGGUUUCUCUCUCUUUUUUUUAUUUAUGAUUAAAAGUGCUUUCUGUUUUUCUCUCUCUCUCCUCUGAAUGAUAUUCCUCUCUCUGUACCUUCACAUAUGCUAAAAACACCAGUGGCCCGAAAGUUACAUGGAGAUUGGAUAUUUACUGUAUGUAUAUCUAGAGGGAACAAAAUGAUAACUCUUCUGCUUGCUCGUCUACUGUCUAUUCCGUGCCAAAUGCCUGCCAUUGAUACAGCUGGAAUUGUACUUAUUUUUGUGGAAGUUACCUUUUUUUGUAAUUAAGGCUAAAAAAAUGGUUUAAUGGGACGCAGGGUAUAAACAUGGAUAUGGUGAAUUAUGUCUGACAAAUCAGUAACAUCUCAAAAGUCUUCCAGGGUGUGGGGUUAACACAGAGGCAGCAGAAAGAGACCAAUAGAAAUGUGCAGAAAGGAGAGAAACUCUUCAUCUUUGUUUUCUUUGUUGCUGAACGUAUUAAGGGAUAAACUUAUACCAUCGUUUGUAAAGAUCAUGAUGAGCGUGAGAAUGAGGCGAGUUCUCCAUAUUUGGUCUUAUAUUUUCUUCUGUGUGCUUGUUUUUAUUUUGAUCUUUGAAGAUUUGAAAAUAAUCCUUUUUCCAACCCUUGGGUGGCGCUGGAACACACCACUACACUGUGGGAGAAUGAGUUAUCAGGAGGACAGAGCUGUCCUCUUACUCUGAGUCUUCUUCAAAGUUAAUAACUAUUUGAAAUUUGUACAUCAAAAUGCAUUGAAUUGCAGGUUUUACAAUCCACUCGCCAUCGCCUUUGACCUACAGAUGGCGCUGUGUGACAAAUAGUGUCCCGGUCUAUUCACUAUACUUAUACAGUGAGUGCACCAAAAAUGCAGUUUAGCUCAUUCUCUCGCUAGUAGACCGCCUUAUCUGUGUAAAAAUCAGGUGUGUGAGUCGUAUUGUAGCAGACGGGCUGGAGAAAGGAUGCCUGGGCCUCGCUGUAGUCCUAAAAAUCACCUGCGUUCUGUGCGUAUCACUCUUGUAUAAGUUUCAUUUCUCUCUGUGUGCCUCAAACUAACACUUUUCACUAACGCACACCACCGUCAGACCCAACAUUACUGUUAUUUUUUACUUUAAGUUCCUUUUUUUUCUCUCAUUCUUUUACUUGACCCACAUCUUACCUGGAGGCCUAUCACAUGUUGACCAGAGAAUGCAUUGAAAAAAAAAAUAGAAAACACUGCCUAUUAGUGUCUUUCCAACCUCAGUGGAAUGUCACAAAAAAUAUUUCUCACAUCACUACAUGUAAAGUUAGAAAGCACACUAAGGUAUGUAGCUCCUGGUUGUGGUGUGUGUCAGUGGGUUUUUGCGUGUAUGUAUGCACACGGGUGGGUGUGUUUCAAAUAAAAUUAUGUUUUGUUUUUCUGAAUGCUUUUUUAAAAAAUUCUCCAGAACUCUUCUGAAAUCUUAAGACAUUCAAAUCAAAUCAUUGUAACGACCUUCAGCUCUGUGGUUGUGCGUGUGCGUGCGUGUGUGAUGUCAGUAAAGCCCCUCCCACCUGCCCCCUCCACUGAAUGGAACGUGCAAAGCCCCAAAAUGUUCACCUUCCAUCUUUGUGUAUAUGCUGCAGUAAAAUCCACUAACACGCUGAUUAACCACACAAAGUCUUCAAAAAGCAAUGUAAAGUCGCUACUGGGGGAAAAAAAUACAUAAAUUUAAAAAAAAAAUGUUUUUUUUCUUUUUGUUCGUUUUUCAAGUACAAAAGAUUUUAAAAAAGGAAAAAAUAUCUAGUUCCAGAAAUGCAUGUGCUAUGUGCAUGCCACACCGUGGGUUAAAAAGUCAUCUUCAGGACAUAAAAGAAAAAGCAGAUUAAUUAAUUCAGAGGAAUUUAAAAAAAUAAAAUAAAAAAGUGAUAUAUAAAUAGAUAGAUGUUUUUAAAAAAGCAAUGUUUCCUUUUUUUCCUUCUAUUUUUGAAAACAAAAAAUGUUUUAAAAACUUAAAAAAAAAUCUAAAGAGUAAAAACACAAAAAAGAGACUUUGGUGAGAGUCAAAGUCCUGUUUGUUUUUCUUCUGUUACAUGGGGUUGAGGCACAGCACAACCAUGUUCAGGACACCAUGAAAAAAAAAGAACUGUUUUUAAUUUAACAGAAAAAAUAAAAAUAUAAAGAAAGAAAAGAAAGUACAGUUCAGACGAUGGUGUAUUCUUCCUUAUACUUUUGUGUUGGGGGAGGGUCAAGGGAUGGAGGAGCUCGCCAAAACUGUUGAUGUACUUGUUAAAAACUGGCUGAUGGUCCUUUGAUCUCUCACUCACUCUCUAUUUUCUCUCUCUCGCUCUCUCUCCCUCUAUCUCUCUCUCUUUCUCUACCCUGUCUCUCUCACGCUCUUACCUGUCACACUCUCAGCCAGUCUCACCGCUAUUUCUACCAGUGCAUUUUGUAAUUCCAAACAGAAACUCUUCCUAAAGAAUAAAAUCCAGAGAGAAUGCAUACUG